UCCUUUGAGAGAUUUCUCCAAUUGUUAUAAUUUUAGUAUACAUUAUUCUAGUGAGUCCAUAUUUAUGCAAAAUUGAUUGUAUUACAAAUAUUGUAAGCCAGUUGGAAAUUAGAAUUUUGGACAAUGGUGUAAAAAAAACACUCUCAAACCUAAACCUUCUCUUUGACAACUUGCUGUGGGGGUUCUUGUCGUAAUUAAUUACGAAUUAUGUACAAUGAAGGAAAAGAUGAAGUCUUGACAUUAUCAACAAUGUAGGAUAAUGUGCAACCAUUAACGUCGUGUUGAUGUCGACCUUUGCUCAGAAUGAUUAACCUUGCUUGCCCCUCGUUUCUCAAAGCGACAAAAAGAGAAAUAGUUCUGAUUAUCUACGUUGCCCACCCGAAGAAAUGCUAUUGUUUCAGAGACACCAGCAUUAUCCAUGAGGAACAAUUGAUUAAACAGAGCAAACACACAUAAUAGAAUCAUAGAGAGAUACAGCAUUGAAAGUGGACCUUCAGGCCACAGUGUCUGUGCGUGCUAUCAAGCACCCAUUCACACUAAUUUUAGUUUAGUUUAAAGAUACAGUGUUGAAACAGGCCCUUUGGCCCAUCGAGUCCACACUAACUAAUGAUCCCCAUUCAUGUGCACUAUCCCACACACAAGGGACAAUUUUACCAAAGCUAAUGAACCUAUAAACUUGUAUGUCUUUAGAGUGUGGGAGGAAACCGGAGCACCCAGAAUAAGCCCACGUGGUCACAGGGAGAACCUACAGGGAGAACUCUGGACAGACAACACCCAUGGUCAGGAUCAAACCAGGUCUCUGGCUCUGUAAGGCAGCAACUCUACUGCUGCACCACAGUGCCACCCUCUCUACAUUAAUACUAUAACUUCCACACUGAAUUCAGUUCAGAUCCAGACUUAGCAGCCUGACCUCGUAGUGCAAGUAAGAUAUAACAUUCACCAUCAGUUUCAAAAAUAUAAACCAUUGGACAGUGGGACAAGUUAGAAUGCGGAAGGAUGUCGAUUUGCACAUGACGUUUGAAGGUCGUUUGUGGCAUUUAAGAGGCUUUUAAAUGGGCACAUUGAUGUGCAGGGAUUGCAGAGAUAUGAAUCACGUGCAGGCAGAGGAGAUUAGUUUAACUUGGUGCCAUGUUCAGCAUGGAUAUUGCGAGCUGAAGUGUUCCAUUUAUGUGCUGUACAAAUCUAUAUUCUAUGUCUAUGUGCCCAGUUAGUAUCAGUAAGAAAUGUCAUUUAAAAGACCAUUACUUAUAUUUGCAAAUCUGUACAGAUGUGCUAAGAUGUGAAGUACGGUUCCCAUGAUUGCAGAGUAUAAAACUAUGUGCGACACAGAUAGGGGAGAGAAUCUCAACCUUUUUUCCCAGGCUGGAAAUGUCCAACACCAGAGGGCAUAGCUUUAAGGUGAGAUGGGGAAAGUUUAAUGGAGAUGUGAGGGACAAGAUGUUUACACAGAGAGUGGUGGGUGCCUGGAACAUAUUGCCAUAGGUGGUACUGGAUGGAGGCAGAUAUGCUAGAGGUUUUUAAGAGGCUUUUAGAGAGGAACAUUGAAGUGCAGGAAAUAGAGGGAUAUGGGUCGUGUACAGACAGAUAAGAUCAGUUUAACUUGGCAUCAUGUUUGGCACAAACAUUGUGGGCCGAAGGGCCUGUCCCUGUGCUGCACUGUUCCAUGUUCCAUGUUCCAAGUUCCAUGUUCCGUGUUCCAUGUUCCGUGUUCCGUGUUCCGUGUUCCAUGUUCCAUGUUCCAUGUUCCAUGUUCCGUGUUCCAUGUUCUGUGUUCCAUGUUCCAUGUUCCACCUUCCAUGUUCCAUGUUCCAUGUUCUAGGACUACUAUUAAACAGCUACUAGUCCUGUCCAGAUUGAGAAUCUUUGGUUCCAUAAUCAAGAGGUUCCAAUGACAAGAAGGAAGAAAAAUUGGAGACAAGAGUUCAAGGAACAAUUUUAAGAUUGGGAGCUGAAUUUGGUAUUGAAUUAGACACUUUGAAACCUGAAACUGAAAUUAAAUUGCUGGAAACACUCACCAGGACAGGGAGCAUACGUGGAGAGAGAAUCAGUGUUAAUAUUUCCACAUAUCAUCAUCAGAACAUUAACUGUGGCCUUAAAGUUCAUUACUUAAGUUAUAGGAGCAGAAUCUGGUCAUUUGGCCCAUCAAGUCUCCUCAGCCAUUCAAUCAUGGCUGAUCAAUCUUUCUCUUUCUAGUCCAUUCUCCUGCCGUCUCCCCAUAACCCCUGACACCUGUACUAAUUAAGAAUCUGUCAAUCUCCACCUUAAAAUAUCCAUUGACUUGGCUUCCACAGUCUUCUGCGGCAAUGACUGAUUCACCAUCCUCUGACUAAAGAAAUUCCUCCUCAUCUUCCUAUCGAUAUGCCCUUUUAUUCUGAGGCUAUGGCCGCCAGUCCUUGACUUUUGGAAAAAUUCUCUUCACAUCCACUCUGUCCAGGUCCCUCACUUUUCAAUGUUUCAGUGAGGUCCCCCCUCAUUGUAUACACUGGAAUUUAGAGGGAUUUGUAUACACUGGAAUUUAGGAUGAGAGGAGAUCUUAUUGAAACAUAUAAGAUCAUUAAGGGAUUGGACACGCUAGAGGCAGGAAAGAUGUUCCCAAUGUUGAGGCAGUCCAGACCCAGGGACCACAGUUUAAGAAUAAGGAAUAGGCCAUUUAGAAUGGAGAUUUUUUCACCCAGAGAGUUGUGAAUCUGUGGAAUUCUCUGCCUCAGAAGGCAGUAGAGGCCAAUUCUCUGGAUGCUUUCAAGAGAGAGUUAGAUCGAGCUCUUAAAGAUAGUCAAGGGAUAUGGGGAGAAGGCAGGAACGGGGUACUGAUUGUGGAUGAUCAGCCAUGAUCAUAGUGAAUGACGGUGCUGGUUCGAAGGGCCAAAUGGCCCACUGCUACACCUACUGUCUAUUGUCUAUUAUCUAUUGUCAUCCUUCUAAUCUCCAGCGAAUCCAGGCCCAGUGCUGUCAAAUGCUCAUCACAUGUUAGCCCAUUGAUAGAAUCAUCGAGAUAUACAGUGUUGAAACAGGUACUUCGACCCAACUUGCCCACACCAACCAACAUGCCCCAUCUACACUAGUCCCACCUGCCUGCAUUUGUCCCACAUCCAUCUUAACCUGUCCUAUCCACGCACCUCUCUAAAUGCUUCUUAAACAUUAAUCUUUUUACUUUAUGUUCCUUUCUUUGAAAACUGGGAGAAAUUAUGUCUAGUUUUCAGAAAAAGUGGAUUAGAUAGGUUAAUUUCAUACUGCAUAGGAAGAGAUUAUUUGGCCCAUGAAAAACCUUAUUACAUCUCACUCAGCAUAAUUGACCCCACUCACACUGGUGAAUUAGACUGACAAUUCAAUAUUAAACAGUCACGUGCAGACCUCUGCAUGGACACGAGAUACACUGAGCUAAAUACAGUGGUUGCUCUGACCUGUUUCAAUCACAUUUUAUAAAAAGCAUAACGUGCUGGUUUGUAGGUUAAUUGGCUUCAGUAAAAUUGCUCCUGAUGUGCAGGGAGUGGAUGAGAAAAUGGGAUAUAAUUGAACUGGUGGGAGAAUCUAAGACCAGCCUCAGAAUGAAAGAACAUACCUCUAGAAAGGAUAUGAGAAGGGAUGUCUUUAGUCAGAGGGUGGUGAAUGUGUGGAAUUCAUUGACACUGAAGGUUGUGGAGGCCAAGUCAUUUGGGUAUUUUUAAGUUGGAGAUUUACAGAUUCUUGAAUUGUACCGAUGUCAAGAGUUAUGGGGAGAAGACAUGAGAAUGGGGUUGAGUGGGAAAGGUGGAUAAGCCAUGACUGUGCCAAAUGGCCUAAUUCUGCACCUAUGUCUUAGGAACAGUGUGAAUUGGUGAUCAAUGGCCACAUGGACUCUGUAAGAUGAAGGGCAUGUUUCCAUGCUGUUUCACGAACACUAAAACGAAAAUUAAAUAGAUCGUACAUUCAUUACCCACACAUCAAACAGCUCUGGACUUUCAAAGUUUUAAACCUUAUGUAUGUUUUUUAAAAAAAAACAAGCACAUUUGCACUCUAGUUUAAUUGAAAACCAAAAGUGUGCCAAUUUAUGGAAAUGUUAGUGUUGGAAGUGUCAGGCAAUUUAAAUACAAACGAAAAUGAGCAUUCUGUACAUCACUGUUAAAGAGACAAUGCCAUUUUUAAAAUAAGGGAUAUUUGGGGAAAUUAGCAGAAUAUGUCCCGACAUAGCGACAUUUACUACCGAUACUCUCGUCUCAUUGUAAAAUAAACCAUUGUUUAAUCUUGACACAUUUCAAUAUUCAUCCCACAUAACACAUUUGAAUGAGGCUAUGUGGCACUGCAGUCGAAGGGUUAAAUAUAUUGCCUGCUCCGCGCAUCAAAGCGACGGACUGGUAAUAAUUGUGAUUGAUAUUUAGUGUUAGACGCGGUGUAAAACGCAACGCUCUCCCGAGCGCGCCGCUCCCUUUGCUUCAGGUUGAAUCAGCGGUCGUGCUGCUGAUGGUCUCGGAAGACGGGGCAGGCAAGGUCUGCGCGGUUUGGCUGGCCAGGGGAGGAUAGGCAGAGGGAGAGAGAGAGAGACAGUUCGCAAAUGGUUAAGCCACGGGUGCGGAGCACUGAUCAGUCUUGCCGGGCGGGCUAGCGUGUGACUAUGUAGACCACUGGCGUUGGCUGCACCCAGAGACUCCGAGAUUUGGACUGGAGAGAGACUGGAUCGUGGUUGUUGAAGGAGCCGCUGUUUGCUUUGAAUGUGAUGUUCCCUGUGCUUCAAUCGCUGGAGUAUCGGUGCUGAUGCUGAGCGCCCUCUCUCACUCUCUGCAACUCCGCACCCGUGCUAUUUCAUCGCCCGGGUUCGCUCGGCGCUGCCUGCCAUCUCUCGCUCACCCUCCGCACCUAUAGAAAAGUUUCACCCUGUGUGUGUGUGUGUGUGUGUGUGGCGUGGACAUCCUUGUCACAGAGAGAGAGGAAAAACGAGGGAGAGAGAACCGCAGUUUCUUCAACAGGCGCCUUGCCUUGUAUUGCAUCGGGGAUUCUUAUCACAAACGCUCGCCGCUGCCUGGAAACGCACUUUUACUGCUAAACUGAGGGAUUUCCUUUUUCCACUCCGCUUUCUUGUUUUGCUUCUCAAUUUCCAUUUUAUUUUGCAAGCCUCUUUUUCUCCAGUGACUGGCUCAGUUUCAAGACGAGAGCAUUUGAAGUUAUCUUUCCUCACUCAGCCGAAUGGCGUUGCCGGCUCCGUCUGAAAUUGGAUUAUAACCAGAUUGUUUUUUUGUGUUCGUUGGUGUUGCCGAUAUUUGUUUAAAAACAUACAAGAGGGUAGAGGAGGUCUGAGUGACUCUUUUUCCUGGCCCUUUUUUUUCUGGGCAGCGGAUAAAAACAAAAUCCUGGAAGGUUUUGCGUUGCCAAUCAAUCGGAUUGCAGAGAGAGAGCGAGAGAGACGAGAGGGAAAAGAAUAUAGAAGGGAAUUUAGUGGGAGAGAAGGUUCCCGCUUAUAUACGCUUCCCCUUCCCUCUCUCUUCCACUCGCGUUUCUGCUCCCGGAAUUAAAGACAACGGCCACCGAUUGAGAGACGACGGCGGUCGGGAAACCGGGAGAAUAACGACCUGAAGGGGUGGCGAUGGAAGUUUACCCGGUGAUCUUGUUCGUGGCGGCGACCUGGUGCCUUCACUGCACGGUAGUUGUGACUGCGGAUUCCAUCAUUCACAUAGGGGCAAUUUUUGAUGAAACGGCCAAAAGGGACGAUGAAGUAUUUCGACUGGCUGUUACUGACCUCAACACCAAUGAAGAAAUUCUUCAGACAGAAAAAAUUACAUUUUCCGUCACAUUUGUGGACAGCAACAAUCCUUUCCAAGUUGUGCAGGAAGCAUGCGACUUGAUGAAUCAGGGCAUACUAGCCCUCGUCAGCUCAGUCGGGUGCAUGUCGGCUGGGUCUCUGCAGUCCCUGGCAGACGCCAUGCACAUCCCACACCUCUACAUACAAAGGACGACUUCUGGAUCACCGAGGAGUGGCUGUGGCCCCACCAGGACCAACAGGAAUGAGAACUACACCCUGUAUAUCCGUCCGCCCGUCUACCUGAACGAAGUCAUCCUCAAGGUCAUCUCUGAGUUCGCCUGGCAGAAGUUCAUUAUUUUCUAUGAUAGCGAUUAUGAUAUCCGUGGGAUUCAGGAUUUUCUGGACAAAGCCUCCCAGCAGGGAAUGGACGUUGCCCUGCAGAAGGUGGAGAGCAACAUCAACAGGAUGAUCAGCACCAUGUUUGCCACCAUGCGUUUGGAAGAGAUGAAUAGGUAUCGCGACACCCUACGACGCGCUAUACUCUUCCUGAGCCCACAGACUGCAAAGGCCUUCGUCUCUCAGGUCGUCGACUCCAAUCUCGUCGCUUUUGACUGUCACUGGAUCUUCAUAAAUGAGGAAAUGAGUGAUGCUGAUGUUGAGGAACUGGUGAGACGGUCGAUUGGCAGGUUGACGAUCAUUCGACAGACCUUUCCCUAUGUUUUAAAUGGCACUCAAACUUGUUUCCGUGGUAAGCACAGAAUCUCUCCAUUACUGUGCGACCCCAAAGAUCCUUACAAGCAGAAAAUGGAGAUUACCAACCUCUACAUCUAUGACACCAUUAUUCUACUGGCUCAUGCCUUUCACAAGAAGCUGGAGGACCGGAAGUGGCACAGUAUGGCCAGUUUGACGUGCAUCAGGAAGAACUCAAAGCCUUGGCAAGGUGGACGCUCCAUGUUAGAGACCAUCAAGAAGGGUGGAGUCAAUGGAAUGACAGGCUUUCUGCAAUUUAAAGAUGACGGUGGAAAUCCAAACGUGGAAUUUGAAAUUCUGGGAACGAGUUAUGGAGAGGACUUGGGAAGAGGAAUCCGCAAGCUUGGCACUUGGAGCCCGGACUCCGGGUUGAAUGGAUCACUGAUGGAUAAAAAGCUGGAAAACAAUAUGCGGGGUGUGAUGCUCCGUGUUGUAACGCUACCGGAGGAACCUUUUGUUAUGGUAUCCGAAAACAUUCUUGGAAGAACAAAGAAAUAUUAUGGUUUUUCAAUCGAUGUCCUGGAUGCCUUGUCAAGUUACCUUGGUUUCAAAUAUGAAAUCUACGUGGCCCCUGAUCAAAAGUUCGGCAGUCAGCAGCCUGACGGAAACUGGAAUGGGCUGAUCGGUGAACUCGCCUUCAAGCGAGCAGACGUGGGAAUCUCAGCCUUGACCAUAACUCCAGAGCGGGAGAGCGUGGUGGACUUCACCACCCGAUACAUGGAUUACUCAGUUGGUUUCCUGCUGAAGAAGGUGGAAAAGUCCGUCGACAUGUUUGCCUGCCUGGCACCCUUUGACAUCUCUCUCUGGGCAUGCAUUGCUGGCACGGUGAUACUGGUGGGAUUACUGGUGUACCUGCUCAACUGGCUCAACCCACCCAGGCUGCAGAUGGGCUCCGUCACAUCCACCACCCUGUACAACUCAAUGUGGUUUGUCUACGGCUCCUUUGUCCAACAAGGUGGCGAAGUUCCUUACACCACCUUAGCCACUCGGAUGAUGAUGGGAGUUUGGUGGCUCUUUGCACUGAUCGUCAUAUCCUCGUACACAGCAAACCUGGCGGCAUUCCUCACCAUCAACCGCAUUGAGAACUCCAUCCAGUCCCUGCAGGAUCUCUCAAAGCAAACAGACAUCCCUUACGGCACAGUGAUGGAGUCGGCUGUGUAUGAGCAUGUCCGAGUGAAAGGAAUGAACCCCUUUGAGAGAGAUAACAUGUACGCCCAAAUGUGGAGGAUGAUCAACAGAAGCAACGGGACCGAAACCUCGGUGAAGGAUUCUCAGGAAGGCAUUGAGAGGGUGAAAGCUGGAAAUUAUGCCUUUGUGUGGGAUGUGGCGGUGUUGGAAUACAUUGCCUUGAACAGUCCGGACUGCUCUUUAUUCACCGUUGGCAACACACUGGCAGACCGAGGAUAUGGUAUCGCCCUCCAACAUGGCAGCCCCUACAGAGAUAUCUUUUCCCAAAGGAUCCUAGAGCUUCUACAACACGGAGACCUUGACAUCCUGAAGCACAAGUGGUGGCCAAAGACGGCGCAGUGUGACAUCUCCACCCCAUCCAGGGCUCAGCAGAAGGGCAGUGCGCUCGAUCUGGCCAGCUUUGCUGGGGUCUUCUGCGUGCUGGCCGCCGGGAUCAUCCUGGCCUGUCUCAUCGCCAUUGUGGAAAACUGGUGGAACAGGCGUAAGGGAUCGCGGGCCCCAUCCAAGGAGCCGUUUCUACACAGUGGGAUGGAGAACAAGGUGUACAAUUUGGACGAUAAGGAGAUCGACCUGGAGCACCUGCAUAGGAGAGUGAACAGCCUCUGCACUGACGACGACAGCCCCCACAAGCAGUACUCUGCCUCGUCCAUCGACCUGACCCCUCUGGAGGUCGACACCAUCCCUACGCGGCAGGCCCUCGAACAGAUCAGCGACUUCAGGAACACGCACAUCACCACCACCACCUUCAUACCGGAGCAGAUUCAGACUAUAAGCCGCAGCCUCUCAGCAAAAGCCGCCUCCGGCUUCUCGUUCGGCCCAAUGCCCGACCACCGAACUGGCCCCUUCCGAAGCAGGGCACCCAACGGUGGCUUCUUCAGAAGUCCCAUUAAGACCAUGUCCUCAAUCCCCUACCAGCCAACUCCAUCAUCUGUGUACAACCUCAACAAUGACCCCGACAGAGGCACCUCUAUUUGAGCACCGCAGUUCAAGCCCUUUCUCCUUCCAACCAGGGACUUGGUUUGUGAGACCAUAAAUCCGUGGUAGGACUAACCUGAACAUACUUUCUCUUUGUAAGAAACAAAAACAAAACGACGGCCAGGAUCUUAGUUACAGCUUACUCAGAUAUAAUCGCAAUAACUCCAGCCUGUUUGAAGCAAGUAUGUUUUAUUUCUGCUGCAUCUGGAUUCAACGCUUUAGCUGGUGACAGUUUCCAUGUGGUAACCCAUUAAAGGACCCAAUAGCACGACUUGCUAUUAAAAGUAACAAACAUUCAGGCCACAAACACCAGAAUGCUACAUCUUAAACGGUUGCUUAUAUAUGAAGCCGUCAUGUGCUUGUAGAGAUAUUUCUGGCAUAACGUUUAAAAGAAGGAAAUAAACUUAACGUGCGUGUGUGAGUGUGUGUGUGCGUGCGUGUGUGAUCCUUGCAUAAUUUUUUUAGGAAGGGCAAAAACAUCUAGAGGUUGUAUUAUAGGCAGGUGUUUUUUAUUGUACAGUUUAGAUUAAAUCCAGUGUUUCCAUAAGUCCUGGCCUGCCAAAGGUCACUUGUUCCUUUUUUUCCAGGGUAUUAGUAACUUCACUAUUGCCUGAUGUAUAUGUCAAAACAUCCUUAUUGGGCAUAGCCCUUGUUCCCAGUGAUGAAGGAAGCAAAAUGCUAAAUAUCUCGAUUCAUCACAGCUGUUUAAUGGGCAGUAAAUAGCAAAUAUUAACUCUUUAGAUCAGUAGCGCACCAUUUUGUUUUAACUAACUCACCGGAGUAUGGACAUACUUUAGAGACCAGAUUACACCAUCGCAUAAGCUUUUCACCAGUUACAUUUAACUUUAUCAACAACAAAAUGUAAGAUCACUCAAAAAAUUUAAAACAAAUUGAGCUGAAACAUUAACUAACCAAAGCUGUACAAUUACCUAAGUUAAAAUGGUAGCUUUCAUGUUAUCUUACAGCAUGGAAGGAGGCAAUUCAUCCUAUCAGGUCAAUGCUAGCUCUUUGCUAGUGAUCCAAGUAGUUCUAAUAACCUGAGAGGGAUAUGGGCCAAACGCAAGCAGAUGGGACUAGUGUAGCUUCUUGGUUAGCAUGGGCAAGUUGGGCCGAAGGGCCUGUUUCCCUGCUGUAUGAUUCUAUGACUUCACAUGGCUUCACAGUUUCCUCAUAGUCUUAGAAAUAUUCUCUAAAAUCCAUCUUAAAUUUACCCUUGAAUGUGGCCUUAAUUAUGUUAAUGUGGUGCAAACAGAAGUAGAGAAAUUGUAUACAGCAACAUUUCCAGCUGAUUGGCCAGACAAUAUCGUCCCAAAAGAAAAAGUAGGAAUGAUUGCAACACAUGAAGUGGGCUAGUGAUUCAAACCUUUAAACAGUCAGUUUUAUUAAAGGCUAAACUUCGACAAACAAUUUAUUUCAUCAACUUGGUUUGAAAUUUAAGUUGUUACACAUGGGAGCAUGCAUGGAUCUUUUUGCAUUCUGUAA